AUGUCAGCUGACAGCCACCAGCUCCACGCUUACUCCCACCAGGACACACUCAACUCUGCCUGUUACGGUUCCUUGAACGUCAGCAGUCACCCCCUGUCAAAGAGCUCCUCAAGUCUGGUAUGUGCUGGGCAAUGGCGUUCAGAGGAGAGGCAAAGCAGCAAGCAGGAGCUCAGGAAGAGCCACAGCAGCACCGUCUGCCAAAACCUGGGCUGCGGGAGCGACGCCAGGAGCCUGCCGAGCCCUGCGUGGUCCUUCACGCAGCCUGGGACAUCCCUAGUCGGAACCAUGAACAGUCAGCCAGCUGACGAUGCUGCACAGAGCAGAGCUACGGCUACAAACCACUUCGUUAUUGCUGACCAGUGCCCUGCAUCCUGUGAGCUGGGGGAGACCAGGAUGUGUGUCAAGAGCAGCACUGCUGAGAAUGUUUCUUCUGCCUGCACUGUGCACCCACAGAGCAUGUGUAAAAUGGAAGAACUGGGAGCUGGCCUUCAGAGAAGCCACUCAGACCUAACCUGCAUCUGCAAACAGCAGGGUUAUAUCCCUCACAUAAAUGCCAGUGCUGUUCACUCCAGCCUGAGCUCUUCUAGCAGUGGGCAUGCUCCGUCAGUGGCCAGGAUGCCUUUCCAAGCACAGAGACAUGGAUCAGAAACAAAUGAAAAAACCCAUUAUCAAAACCUUGCAACUCACCUGUCAGUUCUACCUAGAGACCAAAAAGUACCCACAAAUAGCUACGACAGCGGUGGUAUUCCACGUAAUACUACUGUGUACACAGACCCUGGAACAUUUCACACUGCUGUUCUAGGGCCCCACAUGCCUGGAAAUGGUUUCUCCAACAGGACACUGUUCUGUCAAGCCACCGGGAUUAUACAGGGUGGUCUGACUUACAGUAAUACCCCAAACUGUGCGUACUCGGCCCUGGUGAUGAGUGUGCAUAACAACUCUGCGGUGCCCUGCACCCCAAGGCAGGACCCGUGUAUGAAAGCAGCUGCCACGGUCGCUGCCUACUGCCAUUCUUUGCCCAUACCGUCGAUCCAGCUCGUCCCACGGCUGGUCUGCUCCGUUAGCGAGUCGGGGAAGGAGCAGGCAGCGCCCGGCUAUUGUCAUUCCUUGUCUGCCUCAGACAUUCUCACGUACCCCAAGCUGGUGUCAUCGGUGAGCGAGUCGGGCCUGGAUGCCAAGAGAGUCCUGAAGUGCUGUGACGUUCCCGGGGAAGAGCCGCCACACGCUCAGCACUGUGCCCAGCAGGGCAGAGCUCCUCCAGAAGCCGCCUGCGUUGCCUUCAGCAGCCAGCACGCGGCAGACGCGGUCACGAAAACCAAGGACGUGUGGACUAUGACCUCCAUGAAUGACUUGACCAGAGGACUGAAACAGUCUCUGGAGUGUAGAGAUGCCGAAGUACAGACUCUUCCAACCCUGGAAUACAAAUCUGUGGCCACAAGCCCAGCGGCUGCAGCAGAAGGCCAGCUGCAUGUGUUCCCAGAGGUGAAUCUGCAACCGGACUUGGAGGCCCCCAAAUCUCCAGUACGUGAAGUGAGAUGGGACGAUGAAGGAAUGACGUGGGAAGUGUAUGGGGCAUCUGUGGACCCAGAAGUUCUUGGUUUAGCCAUUCAGAAACACCUUGAGAUUCAAAUAGAACAAUUCCAGACAGAGCCCGUUCAGCCGGCUGAGAAAAGCAAUGAGGAUCCUUCGGAUAAGGAACCACCUUCUGCUAAAGCGGGGAAGAAAAGACCAUUCCGGACAAUGAUGCAUUCCCUGAGACACCCGAGCUGUUGUGCCCGGUCCAGCGCGGCAGCAGAGUGA